AACAACCGCAGCGCAGGAAUGCAGCCGACAGCCAGGAAGUGUGUGCGCCUCUUCUUUAAACUCAGCAGAGCAGAAAACUCGUCCAGGCCGGCCCGGCCCGACCGAUGGGGCUGAAUGCAGUGACCCGUCGGGGCUCACGCGGUCCGCUUCCAAACACAUCGAGCUUCAAAAAUAGACCUGACAUGAAAGGAACUGGAAAACAGGAGGGCCAAACUGGACCCGAUCCAGACUGAGCUGGACACAAACGAAGCAGACUUCGUUGAAAGCUCACCUUAACGUCAGCCUCGUCUGUGACAGCAAAAACCAGACUGGACGAAUCGGCAGAGCCGCCGGUCAACGUUAAAGAAUUAAAUUACAGCAGGGGGAAGCUUUUAAAUCGAUGUUAGUCGAACUUUAUCCAGAUACGAAUGAGUUGCUUCUGACGUCCAUCUAUCUUGUAAGCAGACGUGCCCGGACCUGCCCUCCUCGGCCACGACCUGCAGCUCAUCUGGAGGAACGUUGCGUCGUUCCGCCAAUCAGUCAAGAGAUUGGAUCUCUGCAGUGCAUCCUGGGGGUUCCUCGGGGUCUCCUCCCAGGUCCACAUUCCUGAGGUCAGCCACAGCCAUCCUGGUCAGAUACUGAACCCGCUCAGCUGGCUGAAUGGUCCAGAAGUUGGACCAGAAGCUCCCCGUGGCCAACGAGUACCUCCUCCUGUCAGGAGGCGUUCGGGAGGGCGUGGUGGACAUGGACCUGGACGAGCUGAGCGUCUACGCCCGCGGCACAGACUACGACAUGGACUUCACCCUGCUGGUCCCUGCGCUCAAACUCCACGACCGCAACCAGCCGGUGACCCUGGACAUGAGACACUCGGCGCUGGGCCACUCCUGGCUCAGCCUCCGCCUCUUCGACGAAGGAACCAUCAACAAGUGGAAGGACUGCUGCACCAUCGUCGACCACAUCAACGGCACCACCAACUACUUCUUCUCCCCAACACUGGUGGCUGACUGGUUCUACCAGUCCAUCUCCUUGGUGCUGCUGGAGGUGCAGAAGAAGCCGCAGAGAGGAAUGCCAAGGGUGGAGAAGGUGGAGCGGAACGGCACCAUCAUCUCCGUCAUCCUGGGCGUCGGGAGCAGCCGGAUGCUCUACGACAUCGUCCCCGUGGUGUCGUUUAAAGGGUGGCCAGCUGUCGCCCAGAGCUGGCUGAUGGAGAAUCACUUCUGGGAUGGGAAGAUCACCGAGGAGGAGGUGAUCAGCGGCUUCUACCUCGUCCCCGCCUGCUCCCACAAAGGCCGCAAGGAGAACGAGUGGCGCCUGUCGUUCGCCCGCAGCGAGGUGCAGCUGAAGAAGUGCAUCUCGUCCAGCCUGAUGCAGGCGUACCAGGCCUGCAAAGCCAUCAUCAUCAAGCUCUUGUCCCGCCCCAAAGCCAUCAGCCCCUACCACCUCCGCAGCAUCAUGCUGUGGGCCUGCGACCGCCUCCCCGCCAACUACCUGGCGCAAGACGACUUCUCCGCCCACUUCCUCCUGGGCCUGAUCGACGACCUGCAGCACUGCCUCGUCAACAAGAUGUGCCCCAACUAUUUCAUCCCUCAGUGCAACAUGCUGGAGCACCUGUCGGACGAGACGGCCAUGCUGCACGCCCGCAAACUCUCCUCCGUGCGCUCCGACCCAGCCGAGCACCUGCGCACCACCAUCGAGCACGCCAAGGCCGCCAACAGGCUGACGGUGGAACUGCAGUGGCGGGGCAGCACCAACAACCUGCCAUCGCCGCAGUCCGACGCCGGCGGAGAGAACCAGCCCGACGACCGGCUGGCCAAGAAGCUUCAGCAGCUCGUCACGGAGAAUCCGGGCAAAUCCAUCUCAGUCUUCAUCAACCCGGACGACGUCACGCGGCCGCACUUCCGCAUCGAUGACAAGUUCUUCUGAGACUGACCUCCUCCUCCUCCUCCCUCUCAGCCUUUCUCCUCCUCGCCUUGUCCCCACCUCCUCUGAAACUUUGUUUUUUUAAUUUUUUUAUGUUUCUCUGCCACAGAGUGAAGUGAGGUGAUCGUCUAGUCGUGUCUGCCACAAUUUUUUUAUUUUUUAUUUUUCUAUUCCCGUCCCCACCUCCUCCUCUUUCACUGUGUGCCCUGUGGUUUUUACCUGCUGAAUGCCUUUUACAGACAGCUGCACAGCAGCAGGUUGUUUUACAAAUGAAGGAAGAGAUGGAAGUCCACCUUCGGCCGGCUCUGCUGCUCCAGUGUUCGUAGUUUGUAGUUCAAUAUAAUUAUCAGGGAUCCUGGAAAUGAGACGAGUCCACCAACUCCUGAAAUCGUGACGUGUGUCUCACGCCGGACUCGCUGUCGUUUAAAUUUGGCGCUGAAGCUCUGACGGCAGAAACGAUGUGAAAGCGAGGAGCCCGGCUAAAAUCAGCUGCUUUGAUACGAAUGUGGGAAUUUCAGUGCUGGCGUGGCCAAAGCCUCAGUUUUUAUUUCAUUUUACUUUUCUGUGAUAUAGUGAAGAACAAUCAAAGCAUAAAUAAAUAAAUCCUAUUUCUGCAAAGACUCAGCAUUUCCACUGUUCGCCCGUGCUCUUCAGGCCUUCUGCAGUUCUCAUGUUGGACACCAGCCGAAUUCUGAUCGAUGGAGAUCUGAUCCUGAGCUUUUCAGUUUGUGGACUCCAGCUGUUCCACCUGCUCCUUAAAGACCAGACAAACUAAAACUCCUCAAAGACGAAUUUCUCCCAACGAUUUAGGAAGAAUUCGGUGACAAUCUGUUUGUUUUCCAGCACGAUGAAGCUCCAAGUUACACGCCUCAGGUGAUUACUGAGGCUCAGAGAUCAUCACAUUCAUAUUUGGAUCCGUGCAUGGAUCAUUGAUGAGGCAGGACUGCAUUCCAGCAGAGAACUGCAGGAGUCAUGAAGGUCGGUCUAAAUGCUGACCAGUGCAGCUCGUUCCUCGCGAUGACACGAGUACGAGGUUUUCAUAAUUAUGAGCAAGUUACUCAAAAUAUCUAAUGACUCGUUUUCCAAACCAAACAGCAAGUUUUCGCAGCAGCUCGGCGUCGAGCAUUUCAGAGCUCGCUGAUCGGACGGCGGACGCUUUCAGGAGCUGCGGACAGCCUGAAGUCUCACAUCGAGGAGCAAAAGCAGCAGAGCUCGGACGAAGGUGGAUUUUGUCCCUCUGAGGAAUGUCUUAGUCCCACCGCGGGACGACGAUGAUGGUACUAACGUCUUAGAAACUAACUGUAAACAGGAACAAAGUGACUGAACUCUGACGUGUGUGGGCAGAAGGAGGAACAGACUGAUGACGACUGAUGGUUUGUCGACUACUUUUCGUCUGAUUUUGCACAGAAUGUAAAAAAAACAAACACCGCCGUGUUUCCUCUCGAUGGCGGACGCCGUGUCCUCCUCACUGUCGAAUGACGGUAUAUCAUAUCAGUUGAUGGUGACACUUUACCGACGCGUGGUCGCAGUGCACGCUGUAGAUGUUCUCAUUAACCGGCAGAGCUGCAGUGAUUGUGAUUGGUCCAAAGACGCAGCUUCCCCUGAUGGAGUCGGCUGAGCUGCCGGUUGGUGUUGCAUCUCGUUCGCGCUCGCAGGCUCACGUUCUGACAGACGCCCUGGAUCCCGUGUAGUUUGCAAUGUUUUCCCAGUUUUCCUCAUUUCAGUUUGUUCUGAUGAGCUUGAGCGUAGUCCAGAAUCCUUCCAGACACUCCAGGGUCCAGAUCCAGACGGAUGGCGUAGCUCGUGGUCCUGAUGGGGGCGUGGUGGGUUUUGGGCCUGUGCGUGUGAGCGAGGCGUAACAGUUUGGGACUUGAAGCUCGCAGCAGCGUUUCUGUUUACUGCUCAGGUUAAUCUGCUGCACGGCGACCGCAGUCAGUAACGUGUCACUUCCGGCUCGAUAUCACCGGCCUCGCUCGCCACUUCCUCUUUCUCCAUCUUGUUUGUUUUGAUCACUAUUUAAUAAGCUUCACUGUAACUUAGUUUAUUAUUUCUAACCUGACCGAUGUUUACUCCGCAGCUGCUUCUUAGUGUUUGGAUGUCGAAGGUUCGACUCCCCUUCAGCGCCGCCAGCUCGCCACGUGAUCGUCAGCCUUUCAGGUCGCUCACAAAACAUUGGGACCAAAUCCCCAUUGGGACUUUUUACACUCCAACUGUAGGUGGAGGUUUGGUGUGAUGGAGCUCCAGGCUGGUUUCUGGCACAGUUACUGUGCAGUAACCGAACGCUGUUUGGCUCCAGAAACCACCGAUUAUGUGGCGAGCCUCAGUUUGGAGCUCAGGCAGCUUGGCUGUGGGAUGUGUCUAAUGAGAUGGUGCUGUGAUGUCAUUACCACCACCUCUACAAGGGUUUUUUUGAGGGGCACAAAUCAUCACAGAUUUAGCCACAUGACCAUGAGACACUGUGGUGUCGUGUUUAUAUACAAGGAAAAGAAAAAUGUGCUUCAUCUCAGCUUCAGCCUCAGUGAAACCUAAAUAUUGAUUACCGAGUCAGAGCCUGUGCUCAGCUCUGAUUGGACAGCUGAAGCGCGGCUGCAGUUACUGCAGUCAGCACUAAUGCGAGCAGCUCACUACAGCUUAAAAACACUAAAGCAGAUAUUUUUGAUCUCCUGACGUAAACGAGCAUCGGCGACAUCUGCCGCCUUCAGGAUGCGACUGCGCGCCGGCGUGUUUGAGCCGCAGCUGGUUGUGCCGAAGGUGAGUCGUCCCAGGUUUGUUUGUUUUUUUUGUCAAAGUCUGAAACAUUUCCAGGAAAAUGCAAAAAACCAGAAAAAGAAUCUGCAGACGUCUGCAGACAAUGCGAUCUCCAUAUCCUCAUCCUCAAGUGCAAUUAGUGAACACAGAACAAGUACACACUUAUACAAACGCACAUAUACGUCAUGUAGCAUUAAGACACUGAAGUAAGUUAAAGCUGAACGGUACACUGCUCUGCCGACCCCACAGACCCGCACUGACACUCCCACUCAGAGGUUUUUCACACCAUCAAAGUGCCGCACCACGCUCUCCUGCUCGGUGGAAAUGUAAUCAGUGUGUUCUUCUGAGCUCCGUGACUUUUGACCUUACUGCUUUCUCUAUUUGUUGAGAACCUUUUGACUGUGAGUUUUUAUUUUUCUGUACCUCGCUGCUCUGCUUUGUUAUGACGAUGGAUUUCUUUAUGCAACGUAGACGUGGGUGGGUGUAUCCCUUCAGAUGGCAGCUCCUCCCCAUCUGUGAAGGCUCUUCGCUGGAUUUCACUAUAAAGUCUUUUAAGCUGAAUUUCUCUCUACGUCCUCAGUGAGUCUUUCUCAAAUUUACAUCUAAAGUUCUCAAUAAAAUUAAACCUUAGUUUACAUUUCAUGAAAGGAAAAACAGUUAAUGAAGUUCUGCAUCAACUUCAGUUCUUAAUAAGUUAACUGACAUCUCGGUGUCAUCAGCAAAGUCAAUUAAACUGCAGAAUAUGAGCAUCAAACCCUGUAAAUCAGGCUGUCAUCUGCACAGCGAUCGAUUCUGUUGAAGAGUGGCUGAGAAGAAAAACACUCCAGAAGUGAAUCUGGGGCGGCGCCACUCAGAUUACGAUUGUCUGCAGUUUUAGGGAACAACAAGAAAAUUCAAGAUUUGGUCAACAAGGCCUCACGAUUGAACCCUGGAUUGUGCCACUUCAGUUGACUCAUUAGCUCAUGUGAUUUGUUUUACAAAAUUUGCAUUGCACAGAUUUAUUUAUCUCAAUUAUACUACAGUUAGAGACCAGAAUAAAGACGGGAGGCCCCAGGAUCAAACAUCGAACCUGCUAUUGGAUUUGUGGUUGACAUUUAAGUUAAACAGGGAGCUGUUUAUUUAUUAGUAAAGUUUGUUGGACCAUAGAAGAAGAAGGAAAUGUCUUUAUCAUCUGCGUAGUUCUCAGAUUUGAGAGCCCAGAACUAAUUCUUAGGCUACGUCCACACAUAAACGGGUAUUUUUGAAAGAUUUUUCUAU